UUUAGGAAUAGUUAUCUAUUGUUCUGUUCCUGUUUCGUCAGGUCAAAGUCACUACUCUCACGGUGGUUAUGGAGGGAUUCGCAGGCAUGGCGGGACUCUAACGCAAGUGAUACCCGUACCUUAUUAUGUUCGAAUGCCUGAAACACGACGAACAGGUGGAAUUAGAGUACUGCAAACCGGCGGUAGUAGUGUUGCCGGUAACACUGGUGGCAAUUUGUUUGGUGGUGGCGGUAUCGGUGCAUUGCUUGGUUUACUAAUUUUUCUACCGUUAUUGAUGAUGUUAUUACCAGGUAUACCAGUUGCUCAAAUGGCGAUGACAGCAGCACCAACAGCAGCGCCAACAGCAGCACCAACAGCAGCGCCAACAGCAGCUCCAACAGCAGCGCCAACAGCAGCAACAUGA